GUUCACCCAACUGUGCCGCACGUGUAUACUCUCACACGCGUCGCCUCGCCAUACCCUAUAAAAUACUAGGUCCUGUCAAGCCACAGAUGGUGCGUUCUGUCACGAACUCAGAGCAGUGAUGGAUGGGAGAGGAGGGUGCUGUAUAGGAAUAUCGAGAUGCGGUGGUGGAGUUUACGAUAUGUCCAAGGUGGAUAGGAUAAUGCUAAGGUUCAGGCCGAUCGCCCCGAAGCCGGUCGCCGGAGGAUCAGAUUCUGGAGGUCCCACGCCGGAGAAAACUGACGUGGGCGUCAAAAGUGGGAGAGGAAAGAGAAGGUAUGUGAGAGAUAAUAGCAAUAACAAUAUUGUUAACAGCAAGCGGUCCAAUAGGAAAAGAAAGGCUUCGCCGGAAGAGAAGGUGGUGACUCUGCCACUACUGCCGGAGGCGCCGGACCGAAAGGACUCGCCGGAGAGGGGUUCUCCGGGGGAGAGCCGUGAGAAGACGGUUGAGAUGGGAGAAGAACUGAACGUGUCGAUGCGGCUGAGCUUUGAUGGGAAGUCAGAUCGGAAACUGGUGAUGCCGGCGCCGGGGGUGUGGGUGGUGGGGUCCUGCGUGAUAGUGGAAUGUGUGAUGGACACGUGGGUGGAUGGGGAUGGGCUGGGGCGUACAGACGAGGAGAGGAGUACGGCUCUGAGGAGGGACACGUGUCCCGGGUUCGUAUCCGACGGUUCGGGGAGGGUGACGUGGACGAAUGAGGCCUACAGGAGGAUGGUGGACCAGGGGGACCAUGAUGGAAAUCAGGAUCGCCUGACGGUGUGGUUGGUGAUGAAGGAGGAGACUACUGUGCCGAGUCUGAUCACCUACUCGGCUUUCACGUGCAGGGUGAGGCUGGUCCGGUACGAUACGAGUGGGAAGGAGCGGAGCUCUCUGACGCUGCCUUGCGACGUGUGGAGAAUGGACGGUGGUGGGUUUGCAUGGAGGUUGGACGUCGAGGCUGCUCUCUGUCUCGGUCGGUAAAAAGCCAUUGAUCACUGUGAUCUCCGGUUGACAGAGCACGCAUAACAACUAAAGCUUUUUUUUUUUGGUACCUUCGUAAUUGUGAAUAUUUUUGGGCUUUUGAUGUACGUCUGCUUUUGAACUUUUUCCACUGUUCUUCCACGUUCUCACGUACCCUUCUACGUUGGUUUGAUCAUGUAUAUAUCAUUUGUUGUUCGUUGAGUGUGAA